GAUAUACACUUAGACAGAGAAUUGUGUUUUCAAAUGUCGUAAGAUAAAAAAUUGUAAUAAGUACUUUAACAAAACAAUUAUAAAAAAUGUUUUAAUUGAUGCGCAUCUUUUACUUCCUAUUCGUAACUAGUGGUAAUACAAUGUUUUUAGACCAUAUUGGAACAACUUUGCUAAUUGUAACAUAUUUUACGGGAGUAUCGUUGGAAUCUCAGUGUGUCUGCUCUAUAAAUGGAUCACUUCCGGUUUACAGUCAACCACAGUUGUCAUCGACAGUUAUAGGAACAAUACCGGCAAAAGACUGUAAGCCAUAUGUAUACCCAGUCGAUGGAAAUUUUACUGCAAUUUUGAUCAACAAGCAGCUUGGCUUUGUAUCCAUAUCUGUGGAUCAAAUCAAUGUGAUUAGUAACUGUACUGGAAAUAACUGGCAGUCUCAGACAUCUCAGCAUCCAGCAAAAUCAGAUAUUGCAUCAACAACUACAGGAUCAACACCAGUACAAACAUCAAUGACAACCUUAUUGAAACCUCAGCCGUCGUGUCCCAAUGGCUGGAUCAUGCAUGGUUAUUCCUGCUACCUGUUUCAUACAAACAGCCGGAGACAUUGGAGUGAUGCUAAUCGUGACUGUGUCAGCAGUGCGUCACAUUUGGUGAUAAUUGAGACAGCGGAUGAGUUCAUAUUUCUGAAGAGUCAGCUAGAUCUUCGAAUUGACACGCAUUAUCAAGAUAGUUCCGAUACAUCUGUCUGGGGAGCAGGAAGGGAUAACAGAUACGAAGGUCAUUGGGAAUGGUACGAUGGUUUUACGAACACAUACAAACCGUUUACAUACACACACUGGGGACAUGAUGAACCCGAUGCAGGUGAAGGUGAGCACGAAGAAGAUUGCCUAGCAAUGGUCGGAAAUAAAGGAUUCAUAUGGGCAGAUAUCUCUUGUAAUGAGAACUUGUUUUACGUAUGUGAACAAUCAGCUGUGUAAGUUUUCAUUGAUAAUUGUUUGACA